CCCCCCCCCCCAACCCCAACACACCGUCUCUCGGCGUUUAAACGUCGCCGUCAAGCCCCCUGGUCCAUCAAACAAAGCUGGAGAGAGAGAGAGAGAGAGAGUGUGCGAGACACAUUGAGCUAUCUUCUUGUUCUGGGUCUGCGAAACCCUAGAAAUUUGGGGGGGAAUGGGAGGGGCUUCACUGGCGGGCUUGCAGGAGCACCUGAAAUUGGCGAGGGAGUACGCGCUUGAAGGCCUCUACGACACCUCCAUUAUCUUCUUCGACGGUGCCGUUGCUCAGAUCAACAAGCACGUAAACAGUCUUGAUGACCCUUUACUUCAUGCAAAAUGGAUGAACGUCAAGAAAGCCCUUUCAGAGGAAACAGAAGUUGUAAAACAACUAGAUGCGGAGAGAAGGGCAUUCAAGGAAAGUUCCAUGGGCCGACGCCCGUCUUCACCACCGAUAAAUGCUAAAUCAUCAUUUGUUUUUCAACCGUUGGACGAGUACCCAACUUCCUCAGGUGCUGCAAUGGAUGAUCCUGAUGUAUGGCGGCCCCCUAGUCGGGAUACAACUGGUAGAAGACCAGCUAGGGCUGGUCAAGUGGGCAUGAGGAAGUCACCACAAGAUGCGACUUGGGCUCGUGGUUCUACUAGAACGAAUACAACUGGCCGUGCUGCAAAGGCUGGUGGUUCAAGCAGGGUUAACUCAGGUGUUCGAGCAUCAACUACUGGGAAGAAAGGCACUGGUUCUGGCAAAUCUAGCAAGGGAGAUUCAGCGAAUGGUGAUGCUGAAGAUGGAAAGUCAAAGAGGGCACAGUAUGAGGGGCCUGAUCCUGAUUUGGCUGCAAUGCUUGAACGGGAUGUGUUGGAAACAAGUCCUGGAGUGAGAUGGGAUGACGUUGCAGGGCUGAGUGAAGCAAAAAGACUACUAGAAGAAGCUGUUGUACUUCCUCUGUGGAUGCCUGAAUAUUUCCAGGGAAUUAGGAGACCCUGGAAAGGUGUCCUCAUGUUUGGCCCCCCUGGAACUGGGAAGACACUACUUGCCAAGGCAGUUGCUACUGAGUGUGGCACAACAUUUUUCAAUGUUUCGUCAGCUACACUAGCUUCAAAAUGGCGUGGGGAGAGUGAGCGCAUGGUCCGGUGCUUGUUUGAUCUGGCAAGAGCUUAUGCGCCAAGUACAAUUUUCAUUGAUGAGAUUGAUUCUCUCUGCAAUGCCCGGGGGGCAUCAGGGGAGCAUGAAUCAUCCAGAAGGGUGAAAUCUGAACUUCUAGUUCAGGUGGAUGGUGUGAACAAUAGUUCCACCAGUGAAGAUGGUACCCGUAAAAUAGUGAUGGUUUUGGCAGCUACUAACUUUCCAUGGGACAUAGAUGAAGCGUUGAGGAGGCGGCUCGAAAAGCGAAUAUAUAUUCCUCUUCCAAAGUUUGAGAGCCGUAAAGAGCUUAUCCGAAUCAAUUUGAAAACUGUAGAGGUGGCCCCUGAUGUAGAUAUUGAUGAAGUGGCUCGCCGAACAGAUGGGUACAGUGGAGAUGAUUUGACAAACGUCUGCCGGGAUGCUUCCUUGAAUGGCAUGAGGCGCAAAAUAGCUGGAAAGACACGUGAUGAGAUUAAGAACAUGCCCAAGGAUGAGAUUUCAAAGGACCCUGUUGCCAUGUGCGACUUUGAAGAAGCCUUGAUUAAGGUCCAACGUAGCGUUUCUGCUUCUGAUAUAGAAAAGCAUGAGAAGUGGUUUACAGAAUUUGGGUCGGCAUGAGGAGGAUGAUCGUGCCAUACUGAAGAUAGUAGACUGUUUUCCUAACUAGCCAGUUUGCUUGGUGAUUGUGUCUUCUAAAGUUCUAAUUGUUUCUUGAUAUUCCAUUUGUUUAUCUCGCAGCUGAUCGAUAUUAAUCCCAAGUGUUUCUUCAUAUUCCCCUAUCCUUGUGCUAUUGCCUGUAACCACUCAAUGUAAUAUGUAACUUGAUCAUAAUUGCAGAACCCUUGUAUUAUUCUUCAAAUUUUAUUCAAUCAAUUCUGAAUCA